CUGUUCUUGACUUUUUCAAAAGGUGCUUCAACGACAAAGACAAUGCGGCCGACCUUGGACCCUCGCGACCGCUCAGUGGCGGCGGCCCCUUCUCACGACAACUGGACGACCGAGCAGCACAUGGACUAUGGCGGCCCAGGAACAGCACUACAGGACGACGAGACCAGAUCCUUUGCUGUUGGGGAGCCUUUGCACCAACCGCCGCGCUCCUGGGCCUCCCAUCUCCGAGCCUGGGCGCCCGAGAUUGGGUGUAUUCUGCUAGCCGUUGGUCUGUUUGUUGCCCUCACCGUCGUCCUCGACAGGUGUAACGAUAAAAGACUUCCGCAGUGGCCACUCGGCCUAACUCUCAACACUGCCGUGGCCCUCCUCGCCACACUAUGCCGCUCUAUCAUUAUGCUACCCGUCGCGGACGCUAUCUCGCAGUUUAAGUGGAACUGGUUCGCCUCGGGCCACCACCCUAUUAAAGACCUCUAUAUCUUUGAUCAGGCUAGCCGCGGGCCAUGGGGCUCGCUCCGACUACUUGGUCGUAUGCGCGGCCGGCUCACGCCCCUAAGCCACGCGGCGGCUCUAGUGCUCGUCUCAGGCGUCGCGACGUCAUUCCUCACCCAGUCGGCCGUGUCAUACGAGGAGCGUCUAGUUACCAGCGCCAAGAGCGGUAACGCGACUAUCAGCAGAGCGAGCAUGUUCCCCUCGACCGUCGACGAUAAUAGUACCUCCGGUGACCUCGAGGGGCUGAAGCGGGCAGCGCUACAGGCUACCUUUCUAAACGUUAACGACCACUGGCCUAUCCCCGAGCCUAUCUGCCCUAGCGGGAACUGCGACUAUCCCGUAUACCGCUCACUAGGGCUCUGCGUGAGCAUGCAGAACGUGACGUCUGCGUUGACGUACGACGAAUUCGAGAAACAAUCCGGAUUUACGAUGGUCAGGGCCUCGCUCUUAAACGACACUGUCUUUAUGGAAGACGAGUUGACCUCUAAUACUAUGGCGCUCAACGCAACGUCCCUACAACCUAGGAUAAGAUUGGCCGACUACGACCGGCCCGUUACGUCGCAAAUGGACUUUGAAGAGGCCCAAGAAGCAAUGGACAAGGCGAUGGAGAAGUAUGUUUGGCCGCCGGAAUGGACCUCCGUCGCAGACUGGGAAGAGAACCCCGACGUCCUAGACGCCACCAUUGCACAAUUCUUCUUUAUCUGGUCCACCGCAAAGGGUCUUGACAAGGAUAUGCACACCCGGUACCGCGCGGCGGAGGUGCUCUGGCACUUUUGCGUGCACGAGUAUAACACCACAGCCCGUGACGGCGUCGCGGCGACAGAGAGCCUCGGGUCGGUGGUAAAGGUAGACGAGGUGGUCAAGCAGCGGGGGGACCCGUGCUACUUUAUGCUCACCGACGCCGGUGGCCAGGACAGAUUUCGUAUCACCGAUUCCUACACCUAUAGCGAGCUCGACCGUAUGUUUCGGCGGGCAUUUUCCGGCGCGUGGUCGUUUCUGGACUUCGAUAUGGAUUACAGCGAGAUUUCCGCGCAGAUAGCAGAGAGCCUGUUCCUCAACGAGUAUGAGUACGGAACAGAUGGCUGGUCCCGCCAGACCCUUGAGGAGUGGGACGUCAUCAUGUGGGACAACCUGGGCAAGAUAACGGCCACGGUCGCGCAGGGCUUCACAGCACACAUGCGGAAGAUGGCUAAGGUAGACAGCGAUAUCGAGGGAGACGUGCUCCAGACAGAGACAUUUGUCGUCGUCAGGUGGCCGUGGCUAUCGGCGCUAGCCGCUCAGAUUGGUCUAUCCAUUGUCUUUGUCGUCAGCGUGGCCGUGCACACGGCGAGGCUGGGCGUAGCCGUUGUCAGGAGCAACAACCUCGCGGAGCUAUUCGCCCAGGACAACAGCAGAAGCAGCAGAGAAGAGCAGGAUGACGGCGUGCCCGGCGGGGGGACGGCGUUUUCGACGGGCAUCAAGACUCAGGUCGAUGAGGCAGUCCGGGGGCGACUGGUCAGAGACAAUGAGGCGUGGAUCCUGCAGAUGCAGAAGGAUGGGACUUCCGAGGCGAAGCCGCCGGGUGAUUCCAUUUCGGGCAGCUCGUCGUGACGACAGAUCAAGAGAGUCUAGCGAACAAUCGUGGCAGAACGCUGUGUACUGUUCUCAUAGAAAGCACAACAUGUAUCAAAAUCAUCAG